UUCUUCUUCCACCUCCAGAUUUCCCUUUGCCAUUCUUCAUUCCCCAAUCGAAAACAGAAGGAAACGAAAACAAGAAGAGGUCCGUCCGUAGGCGAUUGAUUUGAUUUGUUCCCUUAUUAAUCCCCCAAUCUCACCGCGCUAAUCCCCACCACCAAUCGGCGCUAGCUAGGGUUAGGGUUUCGACGGACGAAUCGCUGCUCCGGCCGGCCACCAGAUUCCACCGAUCCCGGCCUGGUACACAUCACAGAUCAGCUCUCGCCACGAAUCCAUCCAUCCUCGCGGCCAUGGAUCCCAACCAGAUGAUGAUGCCCCGGCCCCGGAGCUUCCCCAUGUGGCCACCGCCCCCACCCACCUCCUCCGACGCCAUGCCGCCGCCCCAGCUGCCGUUCCUCCCCCCACCCAACCGCGGCUGGAAGCGCAAGAACCCCAACCCCAACUCCAACUCCGCCGCCUACCAGCCCCCCGCCAUCGGCGACCUCCAGGUGCAGAACCGCGCCAAGGCCCGCCGCUGGUUCAAACCCAACCCCAACAGCAACCGGAGGCCCUUCUUCCACAAGCCCAAGGCCAAGGCCCCGCGCAACACCUCCUCCUUCAUCAUCCGCGCCAAGCGCGCGGGGGGCAUCGCGCCGCUCGUCUCCCCGAGCCCCGUCACCCCCGCCGUGCUGCCCACCCCCGUCAUCUCCCCCGCCCACGACGAGAGGCUCCUCUCCGACGUGCUGGCGCAGCAGCAGUGGGGCGUCGACGGCUACGGCUCCAUGAAGGGCCUCAUCCGCCUCCGCCCCGCCAACCACGCCCCCUCCUCCUCCUCCGAUGACGACGACUCCAGCGGGGGAAGCGAUGUGGAGGAGCACGUGGAGGUCGAGAGGAGGCUCGACCACGACCUCAGCAGGUUCGAGAUGGUCUACCCGCAGCCUGGCGCCGUGUUUGAGGACGACGAUGAACUGUAUGACCAGAACCAGGAUGAUGAUGUGGAUGUGCAUGUGGCGAGGCUGGAGGAGGAGAAUCUCACGCUCAAGGAGCGACUCUUUCUCAUGGAGCAGGAGGUGGGAGACAUGAGGCGACGUCUGGAGGCCAUCGAGGCACGAUUCUCUGACGGUGCUGCUGUUGCUGCUGCUGCUGCUGCUGCUGUGGAGAAUGUCACUGAGGUUGGUAAUGCUAUUGCUGCAGCUGGUGCUGAUGACGCAGUUGAGCAGGCUCUGGAGAAUGGCACUGAGAGGGGUGAUGCUAAUGCUGACGCUGUCGAGGUGGUGGCUCUGCAGAAUGGCACUGGGAGUGGUGCAGCUGGUGCUGUCAACCACACCGUUGAGGAGGCUCUGAAGAAUGACACUGAGAUGGGCGAUGCCACCGCUGAUGCUGACAACACAUUUGAGGAUAGCACUGAGAAGGGUGAUGCGUCUGAUAAUGGCCGAGCCAACAAGUCUCUAGAGAAUGGCAGUGUAGAGCCUGAGAAGAGCGGCAAGGAGGAGGAGAGCUACAGUGCAGGUUCGGAGAAGAACGCUGAGAUUGGUGAUGCUGCAAGCGCCCAGGGCAAUGGCCAAGAGGCCUGAGGCUCUUGGGCUAUUGGCUGGUGGAAGAAAGAUAGACAGAAGUGGUGGUUAUUGUUGUACAUACUUGUUGGCCACGGCAGACCCAAGCCAUGCGACGGUUAUUCCGUUUUUGGAAACUGACACGUCGCGUACCAGCGGUGGUUUGUCGUGUAGACAAUGUAAUGUGUUUCCUUUCCUGGAGCUUCAAGAAACGGUUCGUCUGCCGUUUUGAGUUCCCUCUGUUUUAGUAUAUUUCUCGCGGAGAAACCUUAUAGUGUUUAGCUGUGUUGCCCAAAGUGGUAGAUACUUUAAGAUGAUGAUGGUUUUGUUGUUAUUGUAUCCGUUCAUUGUGAUGA